AAUCGUUAUUGUCCAUGCAUAACUUCAGUAUGUGUCGCACAUUCUUAGGGAAUUACUCACAAUUUACAUUGUUUUUAUGAUGGUUUGUACACCUCAUAUUUCGUGCCUACUUUCCAAUUCCUUAGAAUUUCACGUGUGAUCUAUAGCUAUGGUAUUUCGAUCGAUAAAUACCAUUGGUUUAAACCCAUCUUUGUUUUGACUGGAUGACCGAACGACACGUUCAGUUCAGCGAGAGUAGACAAGGAAGUUAGGCGGUCACAACGCUGCGGGGAGCCGGCGGCAGGUCACCGGCAAAAUGUCGGUGCUUCGGAGAAACCCGAAGACUUUCAGCGUCCGGGUUACAACAAUGGAUGCUGAACUUGAAUUUGGAAUAGACUGGAAAGCAACUGGCCGACAAUUAUUUGACCUGGUGGCCAGAACCAUUGGGCUACGGGAAACUUGGUACUUUGGUCUGCGGUUCAUCGAUCACAAGGGAUACAUCAGCUGGCUUAAGAUGGAUAAGAAAGUGCAAGAGCAAGGCAUCCCUAAGACGUCCCCGAUGCCGUUCUUGUUUGCAGCCAAGUUUUAUCCGGAGGAAGUGAGCGAAGAGUUGAUCCAGGAGAUCACCCAGCAUCUAUUCUUCCUUCAAGUCAAGCAGCAGAUCUUGAAUGAGGAGGUGUACUGCCCUCCGGAGGCCUCAGUUUUAUUGGCGUCUUAUGCUGUUCAGGCCAAGUAUGGGGACUAUGAUCACAACAUGCACCAUCCUGGGUUCUUGGCGAGUGAGGAACUUCUUCCCCAGCGGGUCGUGGAACAGUUCGACAUGACUGCGGAGAUGUGGGAGGAGAGAAUUACCGCAUGGUACUCCGAACACCAGGGACUCAUGAGAGAUGAAGCUGAGAUGGAGUACUUAAAGAUCACACAAGACCUAGAAAUGUACGGAGUCAACUAUUUUGAAAUAAAGAACGAGAAAGGAACAGACUUAUACCUUGGUGUAGAUGCAAUGGGUCUGAACGUGUAUGAAAUAGACAACAAAUUAGUACCAAAGAUAUCGUUUCCCUGGAGUGAAAUCAGGAAUGUAUCCUACAAAGAUAAGAAGUUCACCAUCAAGCCGAUCGACAAGAAAUCACCGGACUUUUGUUUCAUAUCGCCUAGGUUACGACUUAAUAAAUUGAUUUUGGAUCUUUGUGUCGGCAACCAUGAGCUGUUUAUGCAGAGGAGGAGGGCAGACACGAUGGAGGUCCAACAGAUGAAAGCACAAGCCAAAGAAGAGAAAGCCAAAAGACAUAUUGAAAGACAUAAGCUGAUGAGAGAGAGACAGUUAAGGGAGCAAGCAGAGAGAGAUAAAGAGGACAUGGAGAAACAGUUGGUCCACUUCAGGGACGAGGCCAGACUUGCUCAUGAUGCUCUGAUGAGGUCGGAGGAGACGGCAGAGUUGUUAGGGGAGAAGGCACAGGUAGCUGAGGAGGAAGCGAUGCUCCUUGCGCAGAAGGCUAACCAAGCUGAGUCUGAGAUAAACCGCAUCAGGGUGCGGGCUAUCAAGACAGAAGAAGAGAGACGAAUGAUGGAGAUGAAAGCUCAUGAAGCUGAGAUGAUUGCAACAAGGUUGGCCGAGGAAUCAGACAGAAGAGCUAUGGAGGCAGAGAGAUUAAAAGAGCAACUGGUCCGAGCCAGAGAGGCAGAGAAAAAUGCAAAGGAGAAACUUAUCCAAGUCACUAAAUUACCACUACUAGAUUUCACGUCCGCACAUGUUAUAACAAGCUCCGAGCUAGAAAAGCUACAACUUGACGGCGACUUUGCGAUCGAGAGCGAGAGUAACUCAUAUGAACUGAUGACAGAUGGGGAUGUGGAAAAACUAUCCAAAGAAAUUGAAAAAGAAAGGGUGGACUACCUGGAGAAGAGCAGACAUCUUCAGUUGCAGCUGAACGAGCUUAAGUCGGAGAUUGAAGUCAUGAAGGUCGAGGAGAAGGAGACGGAGUUUGAUCGAAUACACAACGAGCUGAUCGACAGGGGAGAGACCAAGUACAUUACUCUCGUCAGGAUAAAAUCUGGUUCAACUAAAGCAAGGGUUGCCUUCUUUGAAGAGCUCUAAAAAGUGUCUGCUAUGAAAGUUCAGAGAGUUUCCUGCAAAGUUUGAAAAAUAGAGCAGGUAUUUAUUUUUGUUAUAAUGUGUAAAAAAUGUGACUGUGUAACAGUUGAAAGAUGACUGAGGCAUCUUGGUGUGUUGGAGAAAUAGAAGCGGUUGACUCUUAUACUGGGCGUGGUUGGGGCGUGGUCGGGCGUGGUCUUCAUUUUGCCCGACCAUCUUAACCUUGUAGAGACCACGCUUUUAUUUGUGGACCUCGGUUGAAGCAUUUAGGAUCAUCCCUCCCCUCUUCCAUACAUCGGCGUACUUAGUGUUUUACGUUAGUAUUUUUUGUAAUUCCUUGUGGAGCAAAUGGUACUGAUUUUUUGUUUUUGUUUUCUUUUUACUGCAUUGACUUAAAUUCAUACCUUGUUCUUGUUCCAUACAAUUUUUUUAUUUUGUCGAAAAAGUAAUCUCUGAUAUAAGCGUAACAAAGUUUUACCAGAAAAUGAAGGAAAAGGUUGUUUUAGCAUUUGUGACUUGACCUCUCAGAGUGAGGUUAAAGUUGAUGAUGAGAAUGUUGUGACAUUGAAAGGGUGCUUUUCUGUUUAUUCAUUACAAUAAUAACUUUGUUUUGCAAUGAAUUCUAAAGUACUUUGUAUUCACAAAUUUGCUAAUUCAUGGACACAUGUUUGGGACUCUACACCUUAUUUCUCUGGUAAUUUUGCUUGUAGAAAGAGUAGCAAGCAUCAGGGGAAAAUUUCAUGGCUCUGCUUACCGCCAUAUUCUGAGCUAAACGAUCACCAUUCUCUGCUUACAGGGCAAGCGCAGAACUUCUGCACGAGCUCUUUAAGUGUCGAAUGCCUAGUAAUGUGAAAAUUUCCUGCUAACCUGUGAAAUAUUGAAUUCCCUGCUUCCAUAAUUGCAGAUUCUUUGCUUACGGUAAGCAGAGACAUGAAAUUGGGCCCUGGUGUUUUCGCGAGUAUGGCAAGCUCUGUAAGUUAGUACACAGUAAAACAACUUGCCACAAAUCAAGCACCAAAUGAUGCGAACACUUCAAUAGAGAGGGCUGUUAUCCUGGCAUAUCUUUCUAAGGAUUUUUCCUGAUUUCAAGGAUUUCCUCAAAGCCUCGUUGAGCCUUAACCUUUUCUUGCAAGAAGUAAGAAAGAAACUUGUAUCUUUGUAUUUUUGGUCAUGUACCGAGUCUUUAAACCUCCUGAAUGUUACAACAUUACACAGGUUCUGGGUUUAGAAUAAGGGGGAAUCCAGCCCCACAGGCCAGUUUUUUUGUGGAAUUUUCAUGAACACCAAAUCUCCUCCCUGGUUGAUUGUUUUAAUUGUUUUGUCAGAUCAGACAGCAUUCAUUCAGCAUUACUUAAUAACAUGUUGUAGCUCAUCUUGUUAAACUAAUUUAUUGGUGCUUUAAAACCGUUGGUGCUUUUAUGAACAAAUACUUGACGAAGCUUGUUCAUAUAGGUACUUAAUAAUUAAUUAAUUUUUUGGGGUAAAAGUUUUGGUUGGUAAAACAAUCAGCUCUUUUAUUUUUUAGAGAUGGCACAUCGAAGGUGUAGUUACUAAAUGUAAGAUACUUUGUCUUUUAAAAUAGGGCAAUUUCAUUCUAAACCUCUAUUUUUCAAUGAAUACACCAAACAGCCAGCUAAGCUAAGCCAUUACUGUAUUUGGGUAAUGUCUUGAACAAGGACUUGCUAAGUCACAAGUCACUACUUAAAAUUAAUUCCUCAUACUAUCGAGACAGUUGCUAUGUCAAAUGGUUACGGGCAACUUUAUGUAUCGCAACCUCUGGAUGAGCAGGUCCUGGUCCUAAUUUUAAUAACGCUGUUAAAGACACUGGACACUAUUGGUAAUUGUCAAAGACUAGUCUUCUCACUUAUAGCGUAUCUCAACAUAU